CACGCGUGUAGCAUGAGUCUCCCUGUCUCCCUCUCCCUCGCUCUGCUCGUCGCUGCGCUCGCUCCCACCACACGUAUCCAGUGUGUCCAGAUAACGUCACUAGAGGUGCCACCAGAGGUGCGCUAUGGAUCUGGAGCCGCCGUCCUGGACUGCGAGUACAAUCUACUUGCCUCUGAGCUGGCCCCAGGCUCUGGUCUGGUCAUCAAGUGGUUCUGGAACAACUCUCCAGCUCCCGUGUAUCAGUGGAUUCCAGGACAGAGGCCUCAGGACCUUGGUAUGCUUAAGGGCCGGCUUGACCUCCGAUACAGAGCAAGUGACCACAACGCCACAAUGCACCGCGCUCUCUACAUCACCAACCCUACUCCUAAACUGUCAGGGGAGUACAAGUGCGCCGUCUCCACAUUUUGGGACGAAGAUUUCAUGAUAAAAAAGAUGAUUGUUUAUGUGCCAGAGAAGGACUUGACGUUGAUGUCUAGCCGCGCGGACUACGAGACUGUCAACGUGUCAUGUCGGGCCACCGGCGUCUACCCAGAGCCUAAGUUAUUUUUAUACAUUGUCGCUGAAAACAAAACUAGGUUGCUGGUGGCAGGUACGAGGGUAGAGACGACUGCCAGGUCCGGGGAGUACGAUAUACAGCUAGAGGUGUUGCUGUUAUACUGUGGUGUCUGUACAGUAGGUCGCUGGUGGCAGGUUGCUGGUAGCAGGUACGAGGGUAGAGACGACUGCCAGGUCCGGGGAGUACGAUAUACAGCUAGAGGUGUUGCUGUUAUACUGUGUUGUCUGUACAGUAGGUCGCUGGUGGCAGGUACGAGGGUAGAGACGACUGCCAGGUCCGGGGAGUACGAUAUACAGCUAGAGGUGUUGCUGUUACUGUGUUGUCUGUACAGUAGGUCGCUGGUGGCAGGUACGAGGGUAGAGACGACUGCCAGGUCCGGGGAGUACGAUAUACAGCUAGAGGUGUUGCUGUCAGACACGGGGCUGGAUACUCCCACCACACUUUGCUGCGAGUUGAGGAUACCUGAAACAUCGUACCACAAUAAUAGUACUAUUGUCUACUAUCCAGGAAGCACGGACAGUAUAUCUAGUGCCAUGGCUGAGAGUGGAGGCCCUCCGUUGUCGCCGUCCAUCGCAGCGAACCUUCUCUUGUAUUACGUCAUCACCUUGUAUGUUCACCAAAGAGUUUAGUCUACAAUGUUGUUACGUUAUAAAGUCUUGUAUAGUUAUAGUUAUUGAUUUUGUAACUCUACAGUAUUGUAUGUAAAUAUACGAGUAUUAUUCG